AUGCCCUCCGGCACGCAGGUUCGCAAACGUUCAUGCUGCAUGCCUCAACGCAACGGCGCAGCGGGAGCAGGACAGGCGACAGAAUGGAUCCACGUUGGCUGUCAGUCGCGUGCCCAUCGCGAAGAAUCCAGGAUCAAGUUCCUAGCGAAACGAGGGAGGGAACCGUCAGCCGUGGGCGGUGGGCAGUGCAACACGGUGCUGUGCCAGUUUACUGGUGAAUGGCAGCAAGCAAGCAGUGGGCGUACCUGCCGGGCAUCCGGUGGCCGCGGGCCCGUCGUGGUUUCCAUCAGGGCUCAACGCACACGCACCUACUUGAUCCUUCCUCAUCAGGCAGCGACAUGCCAGAGUCUUUGGUACCCUCUCCACCCCAAGAAUUACAGAGUACUUAGCCGCUACUGUGCUCUCACCAGCUCAGUUGUCAACAUGCCUGGCUGA